GCACGAGAAUAGCUUAACUCAUCAAAAACAGAAAACGCCGGUAGGAAUUGUCAUUAGUAAUUUCGACGAAGACUUCGAAGCCACGAAGAGCCAUCGUUCGUCUCAUUAGAAUGAAGUCCCUUUUGGUGUAUUUUACCUUCUUGGGACUUGCGUGUGCUUUCAGAUUUCCCAUUCGCAAAUACAGCAAAGGUUGUUAUCAGCCGAGGUUUGACAAAGGCAUCAAGGAAGUUGUGAAAACUCCACGGCCCCAUGAGUACCUGAGUGCAGAGUCAGUUCCCAAACAGUGGGAUUGGAGAGAUAUUCCUGAGAAAGGUAGCUUUGCUAGUGUUUCACGUAAUCAACACAUCCCUCAGUACUGCGGCUCCUGUUGGGCUUUUGGGACAACCAGUGCAAUGUCAGAUAGAAUCAACAUCAUGCGCAAGGGAAAGUGGCCCAGCAACCUCCUGUCAGUUCAAAAUGUCUUGGACUGUGGCAGUGCUGGUACAUGUGAGGGUGGUGGUAUGAUUGGUGUGUAUCGCUAUGCUCAUGAAAAGGGAAUACCCAGUGAAACAUGCAACAAUUAUCAAGCCAAGAACCAGAAAUGUACAGAGUUCAACCAGUGUGGUACUUGCACCACCUUUGGUGAAUGCCAUGCUAUUAAGAACUACACUUCGUGGAAAGUCAGUGAAUAUGGGAAUGUGCAUGGACGUGAAAAGAUGAUGGCUGAAAUUUAUGCCAGAGGGCCUAUUGCCUGUGGCAUCAUGGCUACUGAAAGCCUGGAGAAGUACCAAGGAGGAAUCUACACCGAGUAUGAUCCAAGCCCAGGGAUAAACCACAUUGUGUCAGUUGCUGGCUGGGGUGUGGAAAAUGGUACAGAAUACUGGAUUGUGCGCAACUCCUGGGGUACUCCAUGGGGAGAAGAGGGCUGGUUGAGGAUUGUAACAUCAACAUACAAGGGUGGAGAAGGUGGAAAAUACAAUCUGGGCAUCGAGGAAGAUUGUGCAUUUGCUGUUCCCAUUGUGGAAGAGUAGAGGAUAUCAGCAGAUAUGAACAUUCUCCCCUGCAUUAUAGUGUAAUAAUUUUUUAGUUCAAUUUUUUAUUCUUUGGUAAAGUUAGUAAUUUGAUUACAUCUUUUAUCUUCUCUUGUAAUGUAUUUUUGAGAGAUAUUCCUGUUUGUUUAAUAAAGCAGUCUAUCACAUGUGAGGGUGGUGGUAGGGUUUUACACAUUUUUUCAAAAAAUCUUUUUGAAUGGAACAGAAUUACAAUUAAAUAAAACUGUUUUAUUUGAAAUUCUUCCUCUACCCCUUGACUAUGUAAGCUUUUGUUAUUGGACAUCCAUGGCCAGAUCCACUAUUUCUGAGCUCAAGGCAAUCAAGUCAAAGGGCAAGAAGAUAAUUCAGAUAAUUCCAGUUGAUGUGAUCAAGAAAUUGAGGCAAUGGAAUCCCAUUUCUUUGUAUUAUGUUAAAAGACUGCUGGUUCUGACCUAUCAAUCCUAUCAUAGCUUAAAUACUAAGUAUCUAAAUAUUUAAUUUCAAAGGCAAAAACGAAUUACAGCUUAAGAAAUUCUCUAAAUUUAGAAGUACCAAGACCAAGAUCUGAAAUUGGCAGGUGUUCUUUUAAACACAGGGCUGCCUUGGUAUGGAAUGUUCUUCCCCAUCAUGUCAAGGAAUGUGCUAACUUAAGAUUGUUUAAGAUUAAGCUUAAGGCUAACAAGCAUCUUCUCAAUAGCAUAAAUUUUGCCAAGGGUUCCUGCUGUGUUUUAAGGAAACAUGAUGACUUUCUGUAUUUUUAAUUGUAAAUUUAAUAUUAAUUUGUAUUUAACUUAUCUAAUUAGAAUUGUAUUUGAGAAGUAAUUUCACUCUGUUUUUCCAAUUUGUAUUCUGUUUUAUUGUGAUUGUAUUUAAUUUGUAGUUAGGCAGGUCCACAUAAUGACUUCGGUCUUGCCAAUCUUUCUAACCUGCAUUUUUAAAUAAAGAUGUUUGUAUGUA